AUGAUGCUAUUGCCGGAGCGACCACAGCGUCACGGGUGCCCUGCUCCGCUUUGCUUCGUUUGCCGCAAGUUGCCGCAAGGGCGGGAACUGCCCGCCUUGGCUCGGGGUUCGCGAUGGAGCAUGAUGGAAGACGCUGAUGGAUCGGACUCAGCUGGGUUGUUGGAGCUGUAUAAAGAGAGACCAAGGACGCACCUCGUUCAGAUCUCGUUUUGGUCUUCAUUCUCAUCAGCUUCUUCAUCAACCUCUCCGACUACUACAAACAACUCUCCAGACCAAAGCUUCAAAAGCUCCACCUACAGCCAAACCACCCUCAUCACAUACUCCCAACCACACACAGCCAAAAUGCAGCUCUCCGGCCUCGUCACCUUCCUCUCUUCUGUCGCCGCCGCCGCGGCCGUCUCCGUCUCCUACGACACCGGCUACGACGAUGGUGCCCGCUCCCUGACCUCCGUCUCGUGCUCCGACGGCGCCAACGGCCUCAUCACCAGAUAUGGCUGGCAAAACCAGGGCCAGGUCGCCCGCUUCCCCUACAUCGGCGGCGUCGACGCCGUUGCCGGCUGGAACUCCCCCAGCUGCGGCACCUGCUGGCAGCUCACCUACAACGGCAAGAGCAUUAACGUCCUCGCCGUCGACCACGCCGGCUCCGGCUUCAACCUCGCCCUCGGCGCCCUGAACGACCUGACCAACGGCCAGGCCGUCCAGCUCGGCCGCAUCGAGGCCCAGGCUACCCAGGUCGGCCUUAACGCCUGCGGCCUGUAG